GUGUGUUUUCUCAUAUUUUCUAUCUUCACUACCCUCUACUUGAAUUGCAGGCAAACCUUCGUCAGAUGAAAGGACAGAAAGAGUCAUCAAUGUCGUUCUUGAAACUGUCAAGGAACUGAUGAAGUGUGUCUGUGUUUGUGUGUGUGAGGCUCUGUUGUAUGUGGGACAGUCUCUGUCAUUGUUGAAGAGGUGCCUCCAGUGCUGGGCAUGGCUGGUGUACAGGAAGUUCAGCAAGAAGACAGUGGCAGAGGGUGUGGGCUACCUAAUGUCUCUGCUGUUCUCCAACAGAAAGAGGCCUGGUCUGAGUGAGGUGACAAUGAUAGUGUUUGUGACUCAGAUGCUGCUCAUGAUGGCUGGAGACGUGGAGCGAAACCCUGGCCCUGAAACAAUAGCUCAAGAGGACCUUGCAACUCUUGUUAACGAACUGUAUGAAGUGAGGGCCAAGUGGUAUGAUCUCGGAGUUCAGCUAAGAAUGUCAACACUGAUCUUGAUGCUAUUCAGACUCAAUACCAGAACAAUCCCGACACUUGCUUACUACAAAUGUUAUCAGACUGGCUCACCAAAGAUGUUCCCUCUCCUCCCACCUGGCAGAGAGUGGUGGAUGCUCUCUCCUCUCCUGCUAUAAACAAGAAGACACUAGCAGAGAGGAUCAAAGUAUCCUACUGCAGUCAGGACAAUGCAACAGAUACCAGCAAUGAUAACGGAAAGAUGGAUAACAAAAUUGGCAGAGAUCAAGUCGGAAAUGGAAUCCCUCGAAAGAGAGUUUCUAGAGCUGAAAGAUGACGUGUGUGAGUCGGUGAUGACACAGCCAGUGGACACCUUCAAAUACAGACUGACUUCACUCAGAGUUGGAGAGGUUGAACACCACAUGGACUAUCUGAAGGAGAUUAUUAAAAACAAGCACACUGUCAUUGAUAUAUUGGUGGAACUCAACUACUACCUGAACUUUCUCAAUUACGGCCUUC